CUUAUUUUUAAGCCCAUGAAAAGAAGCAAGCCCAGGCCCUUAAACAAGUCUUCUUCAUACUUUGAUGAAUUCUCGAAUAGCAGAAAGAAACUGAGGUGUGGAGGAAAAUCGGAGUCAGUCACCGGACUUUCUCAAGUUUUGAACUUUCAGAAUUCCUGUAAAUUCUUGAUCAUGGCUUGGAGGACUCAAAUUCCUCACCACCCUGACAGUUUUAGAGAAUUUCAUGAUGAUCGUCGGCCUAUUAUGAGCCGAGGACAAGGGUCGCUGCCUAUUCACCCCACUGGUUUAGAAGAAGAGCGUGAGCUACAACAUAGAGAUAUGAGGAGGAUUAUUUCUGAGAAUCGAGUUGUAAUUGAUGAUAACACCCUCCUUCAAAGGGAUGUGACUGCUGUAAAAGAUGAGAUCCGUAGAUUGGGUCAGGUUGUACUACCUCUUCGCACAGAGAAGGAUGCACGGGCUAGAGAUUUAAUGGAAAAAGUACGAAAGCUAGAAGCUGAUCUCAAAGCGACUGAGCCUAUAAAGACAGAGGUUGUCCAGUUAAGAGCUGAAAUUCAGCAAUUAAAUUCUAUGCGGCAGGAUAUGUCUGCUCAAGUCCAGGGCCUCACAAAAGUUGUUAAUCGACUGCAAGCUGAGAAUCAGCAACUAGUUUCUCUAAAAACAGAUGUUGAUCUGGUUCGCAAAGAUGUUUUCGAGGCAAGGAGGGUUCAUGAAUAUGAGAAAUCAAUAAACCAAGAACAGGUUGAACAGAACCAAGCAAUGGAAAAGAACCUCAUUUUCAUGGCUCGUGAAAUAGAAAAAUUACGUGAAGAGAAGCAAAAUGCAGAAAGGCAAUACUCAGAACGAAGGGCACAAGCACAAGGGCUAGGUAGCUGGGGUUACGACACAUUGAAUGGAAGCCCCGAAAGAAGAUAUGCAGGCUUGGCAUCUGGUGAUCGAUAUGCCAGCAGUUUGAGAUAUUAUGAUCAGCAAGUCCCACCUCGACGAUGAAAUAUGCAGUUAGUCGGUCUUCAUUAGUUUUCUACUUACCGUAUCUUCGCUGUUAUUAGUCGUUAGUAAGUGUAAUGGAUUGGGAUUUCUGCUCAAAAUCUGGCCAGAGUUUGUAAAUUUCUGAAAAAAAAAAUUCUGACAUGAGUUUUGUGUGUAUGUAUUUGUUCUCAUUAGGCUCUUUAACUAAUUAUUUUGUCAUGGAAAUUAGUUUAAUUAGAUGAAACUUGCCAAAAA